CCACAGAGAGGAACCGUGGUUCAUACUGAGGUUUCUCCGCCUCCGCAACUAAGUUAUCCUCCCCUCUCUGGCUCUCCUCUUUCUGUUGUACUGCAGCUCCUCUCAGAUGAUCCAUCUGUCAGCCACCUGCAGCUCAUCUUAUACAGCCACAACAUGAGCAUACGGAAACUGAGUUUCAAGUGGUUUGGUAGCCUCACCAACCUCUCCUUUCGCCGCUCCACUGAGAAAGCAGACUCCAAGUCGUCUCAGUCCAAGUCUGGCGUAGAUGGCACUGACGGUGUCACCACGGCGAUCCUGGCUCCAGUUCCUGAGACAACGAUGGACGACAUGGGCGCCAUGCGUCCUCGCACUGCCAGCUACAUCCGCUCCAGUGAGAGCUACACACACAUGGGUACCCUGCCACGGCUACUGAUGAAGAGGAGAGACAAGAGCAAUAAAGGAGGCCCCGAAAGCAAUAAGAAGAGUAAGAGCAGCAUCAACAGAAGUCAAAGCCAGCGACCUGCAGGGGAGAAAGAUCGUGGUAAGCCCCCGAGGCCAACAGCCGCCUCAUCCAAGGUGGCUGGGGAUGAAUCUGGAGCUAAAGCUGACACUUGGCUCAACAAAGACUCUCUCCCUGACCCCAAGACCCAGCCUGAACCUACAGGAGAAACUAAUGUCACUAACACCCCAAACACCAUCCCAGGACCCGUAUCUGCCACGUCGCCAUCUGGUGGCUCAGGUGAUGCACUCCAACCAGAGGCUUGUAACGAGCAGGGCGUCACCCAGGCAAGCGUAGACUUGAACCCUGAAGCAUCACCUCCACUUCCCAGCCGCGGGAAUGAUCAGACCCGGACUCACGAGGAUGACGGGUCAGAGUCCGGCCCUGUAUCCGACCCAAAGGAGGAGAAAGCAGAGAGCAGAGAGCUGACAGAAGGAGCAGACACAGGAAACCAAACCUCUGACAGCAUUUACUGCCACAUGGAGCCAGCACGGAACCAGGCGGAAUAUAUGCAGUUCUCCAAGGAGAAGUACCUGCUGGAGUCUCCUCCUGAGAAACUUCGUAAGGAGCUGGAGGAGGAGCUGAAGCUGAGCGCCGCUGACAUCCGGAGCCAUGGCUGGUACCAUGGACACAUACCCAGAGAGGUGUCAGAGACUCUGGUUGUACGGAACGGGGAUUUCCUUGUGCGUGACUCUCUGACCAGCGUGGGCGACUACGUGCUGACCUGUCGGUGGGAUAAUGAGGUGCUGCACUUCAAGAUCAGCAAGGUCCUGGUCAAAUCCACUGAGACCAAGGUGCAGUAUGUGUUGGAGUCCGACAGCUUCGACUCGGUCCAGGAGCUCGUGCGGUUUUACGUGGGCCAGCGCAAACCGGUCUCCCAGUCCAGCGGCGUCCACAUCUACUGUCCGGUCAGCAGGACCCUCCCUCUGCGCUACCUGGAGGCCACCUUCGCUCUGGCCAGCAGCAAGCAAGGCUCCGCCUACUCGCCGUCCAGUCAGAGGGGAGCGUACAUCAAGAGGCGGAGCGUCACCAUGACCGACGGGCUGACGACGGAGAAGAUGAUACCUCACAGUGACUCAGACAGUCCCAGUCCAGUUAGGACACCAGUGGCACCGCCAGAACCAGAGCCGGAGCCUGUGCCCAACUGCAGCCCGUCGACAAUCCACCACCAUAAAGACGCAAUGCGGAACUGUGCGAUGAGCAUGGACCAGAUUCAGGAGUACCGCUGCCCCUUGUCACCCGUCGGGGAAAUCCCGCUGUCUCCUGCAUAUAGUGCAAUCACCAGGCAGAGGGCCCACUCAAGCGGGCGGGUCCUGGCUGUCGUCCCACCGUCCCCACAGAUGCGCCGCUCCAGCGACCCCCAGCUCAGCCCAUCGGCCGGUAACAACCCUCCAGAGCAUCCCGCGCACACCUCUCACUCGGCGCACUCCACGCCUGCCCAUCAUCCCAGCUACCAAUCACAUUCCUCAGAAACAGCAGGGAGCUACUGUGACCUCAGACCUUGCCCCGCUGGGCCCCCGAAACCCCCGACAAAAGGCUACGUGGAGCGAUUGCGAGUGGAAGAAGGGAGACAGGAUGGAGCGAGGGAGGAAGGAGAGGGGAUGUUCAGCGCACCACAAGUGGAGACAGCGUCCUCGUUCAGGCCAUCCAAGUACGAGUCUUGCCUUAUGCCAGCUGAGAAUAAGCCUCUGGAGAUGUCGGUGCUGAAGAGAGUCAAAGAGCUGCUGGCUGAGGUGGACGCACGGACCGCCGCUAAACACAUCACCAUGGCCGACUGCACGGUGGCUAGAAUAUUAGGCGUGACCUCAGAGACGCAAAGGAUGAUGGGAGUGUCCUCAGGGUUGGAGUUGCUGACACUACCACAUGGACACCAGCUAAGACUUGACCUACUGGAGAGGUUCUACACCAUGUCUAUCAUGAUGGCGGUGGACCUGCUGGGCUGUACGGGAAGCACGGAGGAGAGGGCGGCGCUGCUCCACAAGACCAUCCAGUUGGCAGCAGAGUUGAAGAGCAACCUGGGCAACAUGUUUGGCUUCGCUGCUGUGAUGAGAGCCCUGGAGCUGCCACAGAUUUCCCGCCUGGAGCAGACGUGGGUGACGUUACGCCAGAGACACACAGAGGGCGCCAUUCUAUAUGAGAAGAAACUCAAACCUUUCAUGAAGAAUAUGAACGACGGCAAAGAGUCGAACGCCCUGUCCAACACUUCCCUUCCCCACAUCAUUCCCGUCCUGUCCUUAUUGGAGCGGGGCAUGGCGGUAGGGGAGGCGCUGGAGCCUUGGGAGAGUGCGGAGGUGGGAGUGGACGUGGUGAUGUACCACCUAGAGGCGGCUCGUACCAUCGCACAUCACGGGGGGAUCUAUAGAACCAACACUGAGACCAAACUGCAGGGCUUCCAAGAGCGAGCAGAAAUACACGAGAUCUUCCAGACAGAGUUUCAGAUGCGUCUCCUGUGGGGCAGCCGCGGCUCUGAGGGCAGCCAAUCGGAGCGUUACGAGAAGUUUGACAAGGUCCUCACCGCUCUGUCGCACAAGCUGGAGCCUCCCGUGCGCCACAGCGAGCUAUAGCACCUGCCCCAACGCCCAACGACAUCGCCAAAACACACCCAUCUGCACUCACCACUCAUUGUGGUACGGUCUUGUUUUGCAUCGCAAAGGAUGAUGUGGAAGAGUCCAGCGUGAACACUGGGAGGGAAGGGGGAGGGGGGGGAUGAAGAGGCAGCUAACGGAGCAUGUGCAGUGAGCAAUACAGAAAAGAGGGUCUCACUUAAAACACGUGUUGCACUCAAUGUGGACUUCUCCUUCUGUUUCUCCAUGUGGACUUCCUCACUUAGCGCUAGAAUAUUUAAAAGGCGUCGAAGAGGAGACAAGCUAAGUGGAAAAGAAGAUGGUGGGAGGUGGGUGACAAACAGUGACAUGUGUACGGUGCGUCCCCGAGGGCCAAACAGAGCUGCAGAGUUUGGCUUUGCUCCGAGAAUACACAGACUCUCCCUUGUUUUAAACAAAUGUUGUCACACACUGUAGCAGAAAUGCUAACAAUAACUUACAUCGCUCAUAUAUAGAUGUUUUGUCUGUGUGAGCGAGUGUGUGUGUGAGUGUGUGUAUGUUUUACAUUCCUUCAUUUUUGUAUGUUAUUAAUCUUUCACAUAUUUUUUUUUGUCUUAUUUAUUUGUUAUGAUCAAAAGAUAUCUCAACAUCAUGGACGUUGCUUCACCAAACUCGUGAGAAUCUGCCAGUGCUCAUUCUGAGGGAGCCAUGUUCAUAAAACCUCAUUAAAUAUGUAUCAAGCAGUCCCAUUGAAUCCCAUUAAAAAUGUAUCAGGCAUGCAUUAAUAAAUGUAUCAGAAAUGAAACAUUUGCAGAAGUAACGCAGCAACUUCAAUAUGAGGGCUUUGCGAGUUGUUAAAAAUGUUCAGAGGACAAAGCGACUUCCCGCUGUUGUAGCUGUUUGACUAAUACAUUUGAUAGUGUGUGUCUUGUGCACAUGAUUUUGCUUAAAACGACAUUAAGAGAUGGAUGAAAAUGGGAUUUAUGCUCUUUUUAAAUUUAGUUUAAGCAAUGUUUCACUUAGUAUAUCAACAUUCAGUUUGUAAAGUUGCAGAAAUAAUUGAAAUGGUUGAUGCAUGCAGAUAUAAAUGUUGUACCAAGUCAAAUGUUGCUUUAAACUACUAAUUUAAAUAUAACAAUGUGUCAAACUUUUCAAACUCAAGUAAUAUGCAGACGAUACAGUGAAGAUCUUUCAGGUCCGUGGAUAAUCUUGAAUGACACCAAACAGACGAAGAGAAGUCAUUCAUCUUUUUUUCCAGUUUUAAAACCAAUGAAUGAUAAAAGAAGUUCCCAAACGGGGUCAAAUAAGGACAUGUUGAACACAGACCUGCUACACAGAAUGUCUUUUUAGUUUUGAGUUUGUGUUUCAGCAAUCAAGCAAAUCCUUUUAUUGCUAUAGGAUUACAUUUUGUGUUAAAUCAUUGCUGUAUUAACAGCAUGUGGGCCUGAGAGGGCUGGAGCCAACUCUCAGAGCUAUGCAAUCAUUUCAACAAAGGGCUGAGAGCCCUGAGGAACAGACACCCAUUCACAAUAUCCACUUUUUGCCCCUUUUUUAAAUGUAUAUCCUUUGUUCUCUCUAACCCUAUCCAAACUGAUAAUCUAUAUAUGAACUAAAGUCAUAUCCGAUAUCAAUCAAUCAGCAAUUAUUCUAAAAUAAUGCUUCUAGAGAGUUGCAUAUCAGAGAUUCUUAAAUGGAUGUUUGAUUGUCUUUCUAGUGUGAACCUGUACAGAUCAGUUCAUGAGGUGAGGAGCCAUGUGCCAGUUCCCGCUGUGGUCCAACAGGGGGCGACCUUUAGUCAGCAAAAAAUACUGAAUCGUUAAUUGUAAUACAAUAUAAUAGGAAGACACAAAAAAAAAACACAUUUAUUGUGUGUGUUUUGAGACCAAUGUUUGAUAUCAAUGUUAUUAGAUAUCAAACCUACCGGUUUAGGUUUGAUAUCUGAGAACACUUAUGAUGAUGAAAAAGUGAUGAUGUAAAAUUUUUUUAUUUGUUGAAUGCUGUACAGGAAUGCUCCGACAGUGUGUGGAUUCUCCCGUUGUUGUUUCUAAAUAACGGGACUGUGUGAGACGAACGUGAAGAGCAAAAAAGACAAGAAAUGUUUCAGGACUGAUCUCAUGUUUUUUUUACGUAUACUGUACAUAGCAAUUCACUUUUUUUCAAAUAAAAUGAUUGCUUGUGUUGAAGA